AUGCGGUCCAUAGGAGCCUCUGUAACAUUCGGAUGCAACCAAAUGUACAUUGCAACAUUUCAGGCAACAGGAGCGACUUGUCUGGCAAACGGAACAUGGUCUCACAAACUAGAUUGUGAAGAAGAUGCUGAUGAUAAUAGAACUUGUUGUACAUUUCUUCCGGGAGAUUGUCAGGAUAUACAAACUAUAAACAAGGCAGCAGAAACUGGGGUGUUUAAAAUUUAUCCAACGGGAAGCGAUGGCUUCAUGGUUCGUUGUGACAUGGACACGCCACCUGGCGGGUGGACUGUGUUUCAGCACAGAGAAUCAAAUAGCGAUUUCCUACAAAACUGGGAGGCAUAUAAGGAAGGGUUUGGUCAGUUGGCUAAUAAUUUUUGGUUAGGGAAUGAUAAGAUAUCGAAACUUACAAGCAGUGGUCAGUACAAACUACGAGUUGAUCUCAUAGAUCAGGAAGGCUUAGAGGGAUAUGCGGAAUACAGUUCAUUUUCAAUCGGAAAUGAGGCGACAAAAUAUGUCUUGAAUAUCGCGGGGCAUAAUGGAACAGCAUCGGACAGUUUAGUUGAGAAACAUGACGGAAUGAUGUUCAGCACAUUUGACCAAGACAACGACAAAGUAACUGGUAAUUGUGCGAAAAGAUUUGAAGGAGGUUGGUGGUAUCGUGGCUGUCAGACAUCGAAUUUAAACGGACCAUAUGGGGAUGGCGAUUGUAAUCACGGAAUGACGUGGAAAAAAUGGAGACAUCAAUGUGUCUUUAUGAAAUUUACUGAAAUGAAAAUACGUCGGAAGUAG